UGGCUGCCGCUCCGGGCAGUCCGCCGCACCACUCGGAGCCGCGAGCACGCGCCACGGCGCCGUCAUCCGCGAACGAACAACCUCACCGACGCCGCCUCAUCGAAAAUUUAUUAAUGUGCAAACCCUUAUUUUUGUAGUGCGAAAACGGUGAAAGUAUAUUUUUUAAUUGCAAACUGUGAUACGACGGGCGGAGGCUCGGGUGGGGCGCGUUCCGCUGACACAGUGGCUCAGUCAGCCGCCGGCCGCCGAGUGGCAAGCACCAUCGAUUUUCUCCAUACAGUACGCGAGUAAAACAAAAUGCAUAUUGAAGUGCAAGUCGCCCUCAACUUCGUCAUAUCCUACCUAUACAACAAGCUGCCGAGGCGGCGGGUCAACAUAUUCGGUGAGGAGCUGGAGAAGGCGCUGAAGGACAAGUUCCGGGGUCACUGGUACCCCGACCGGCCGUGUCGGGGGUCUGCCUUUCGGUGCCUGAAGACUGGGGGCCCGUUGGACCCCGUCCUUGAGAGGGCAGCGCGGGAGUCAGGAGUUCCCGUCAGGGAUGUGCUGGAACACCUUCCUAGGGAUCUCGCCGUCUGGGUUGAUCCAGGUGAAGUUUCAUACCGCAUCGGGGAGAAAGGGGCGGUGAAAGUGCUGUUCAGUAGCGACGAGCGAGCUGCUGAUGAGCGAACUGAUAGAGAGGUGACUCGCGCUUUCAACCCCGAGGCGCAGUGCUUCCGGCCGGUGGAGCCUGCGGCGGCGCCGUCGCCGCCCGCGCCCGCCGCCUUCUCCCCCGCGCCGCCGUUCCGCGCGCAGCCGCUCACCUUCACCACCGCGACCUUCGCGCAGACCAAGUUCGGCAGCACCAAGCUCAAAACGAGCAGCAAGCGCGCCAACCGCAUGUCGCCCACGGAGUUCAGCAACUACAUCAAGCAGCGCGCGGUGCAGCAGCAGCUGGCGGCGCGCGCGCUGUCGCCGGCCGCCGACCCCGCGGCGUACUUCGUGGCGCGGCGCGAGCCCGCCCCCGCCCCCGCGGCCCCCUACCCCCCUGCGCCCGCGCACCUCCUCCUCGCCAACUGAACGCACGCGCGCCGCACGGCCCGCGCGACCCGCUCAUAGAGUCUUUACUUUUUUACGAGAGAGGCGCGCGCCGCGAUUUAUUUUUUUAUUUUCCGCGGGGGCGUCCCGCGCCGCCCGCCGCUUGUGAUAUCCGUACGAUUUUCCAUAACUUUUUGUAUUCUCGUUCGUUACGUCGAUGUGUAAAUUUAUCGAUAGGAGCAAUAAUCGGCCGCGCGACUCGCCGGCGAUUUAUUUUCGUAAUAUUUAAUGCCGAGUCAAGUUUUUGAUGUCUUCGUUCGAUAUCGAUAUAUUCGUAGGGUGUAAGGGAGCGAAAGGCCUUUGGCCGCGUGCGCUUACGACGACGUACCUUCUAGAGCGAGCCUGUAUACAUACGUCCUCCGAUCUAAGAAUUACUGAUAUAUAAAUAUGUAUACAUAAUAUAUAUAUAUUCGUACGCGAUAAUUGUCUAAUUUUUCACGUGGAUACGAAAAAGCCAAUAGAGAAAUUACGUAUUUUUAAUAUUGAAAUUGAUAAUUCAUACUUACUAAUAGUGUACUCUGAAUGUAUCGUACUCUAAUAAACGUUUGCAUAUCCGUGGACGCGGCCGGUGGGCGCGGCCGCCGAGGCGUCGGAGUUCUCACCUAGCGUAAUCAUCACUCGUACGAUUGUACCCUUGUAAUAAUUAUUACAAUAUACAUAAUAUAAUAGAUUUAGCUACGUUUCAAUCUAACAGUAUUUUUUUAAGAAGAUAUUAGUCCUCGUGUACAUUACCGGUCGACCGCACCGCGGUGGCCGGUCUUAGUCUUAUGGUAUACUUAUAUUAUAAUAUUGUUAAAAGACAUGAAUAAAUGAUAGAAAAAAAAUAUUUCUCAAUUCGUUAAUAUAACGGGUGCAUGCAAAUUCAUGGAAAAAAUACUAUGUGUUAUUUAUCUUUUUUAUAUUUCACUUGGCAUUGGCUCAGUUUUUCAAUGGGGCCGUAGCGUAAGUGCGAGUAGUGGGUAGUCGUAGAGUAGUCGCUCGGCAUUGGUUGUUUCAAGUACCUACUAACUCUCCAAUUCGGUGCACAACGUUGACAAGUUGUAUACCUGUAUUGAAAUGUGCAAAUAUUUUUACUAUUUUUAUAUUUUGAUUUAGAUUAAGUCUAGUUGUAUGAUUUGAAUACCUUAACGUGUACUUUAUUGUUACCCUAUAAUUAUUAAAUUAUUAUCUAAUGUGUAUAUUGAGGUAUCUCGAUUGAAAAACUGACCAUAAGGCUACAGUAUUUUGUAGAUAAAAUCUAUAAAUGUAA